CAGUCCGAGUCCCUCUUGGGUUGCUGCGAGCGGCAAACCGUCGUCCCGCCCCUCGGGGUACUCUCAUCAUUUUAAACACAGAAUUGAGGACCAGGCGGUCGAUCACCCGGAAACCUUGGGGCCUCCCCUCGGGCCUUUGCUCCCAGAGGCCUCGAGUCUCGCUAAGCCCAGGGAUGUAGAGAGACGCGAGCAGCGAGGGAACCCGGAACAAUUCUUUGGCGGAACCACUGCGAGAGGCCCCUAGGAACGCGUGGAGGGCCGGACCGCGACGAGCCGGACCAGACGUGCAGGGAUGGCGGCGGCGGACGCGGGGCCAGGGACCGCGGUCCCCGUGGACCUGCGGCGCGAGCGACGCAUGGUGUGCGUGGAGUACCCAGGCGUGGUGCGCGACGUGUCCAAGAUGCUGCCGACUCUGGGCGGCGAGGAGGGCGUCUCCCGGAUCUACGCAGACCCCACCAAGAGGCUGGAGCUGUACUUCCGGCCCAAGGACCCUUACUGCCACCCGGUAUGUGCCAACCGCUUCAGUACCAGCAGCCUGCUGCUGCGGAUCAGGAGGAAGACGAAGCGACAGAGGGCGGUGCCGGGUCCUGGGGCCCACCCCGAGGUCACAUUCGACAUAGAGAUGCUUGGCAUCAUCUCCACCAUUUAUAAAUUUCAAGGAAUGUCCGACUUCCAGUACUUGGCUGUGCACACGGAGGCGGGCGGCAGGUGCGUGUCUAUGUAUGACAAAGUGCUCAUGCUAAAGCCUGAGAAGGAGAGUUUCUUCCACCAGGAGCUGCCGCUCUACAUCCCCCCGCCCAUCUUCUCUCGGCUGGACACCCCGGUGGACUAUUUCUACCGACCGGAGACACAGCACCGGGAAGGCUACAACAACCCCCCUGUCUCAGGCGAGAACCUGAUCGGCCUGAGCAGGGCCCGGCGCCCCCACAAUGCCAUCUUCGUCAACUUUGAGGAGGACGAGGUGCCCGUGCGGCCCCUGGAGGCUGCGGUGCAGACGUGGAGGAGGAUCUCCACCAACCCGGUGGACCGGAAGGUGGAGGAGGAGCUGAGGAAGCUGUUUGAAAUCCGUCCCAUCUGGUCACGUAACGCUGUCAAGGCCAACAUCAGCGUCCACCCUGACAAGCUCAAGGUUCUGCUGCCCUUCGUGGCCUAUUACAUGAUAACAGGCCCCUGGAGAAGCCUGUGGAUCCGAUACGGGUAUGAUCCCCGAAAAAACCCAGAUGCCAAAAUUUAUCAAGUCCUUGACUUCCGAAUCCGUUGUGGAAUGAAAUACGGUUACGCCCCGAGUGAUAUGCCUGUCAAGGCCAAGCGCAGCACCUACAACUACAGCCUCCCCAUCACUGUCAAAAAGAUGCCCAGCCAGCUCGUCACCAUGCACGACCUGAAGCAGGGCCUGGGCCCGUCGGGGACAGGUGGCACGCGGAAAUCGACCUCUAACAAGUACAAGCUCAAGGACUCGGUCUACGUCUUCCGGGAGGGGGCCCUGCCGCCCUAUCGCCAGAUGUUCUACCAGUUAUGUGACCUGAAUGUGGAAGAGUUACAGAGAAUCAUUCACCGCAACGACGGGGCCGAGAACUGCUGCACAGAGCGAGAUGGCUGGUGCCUCCCCAAGACCAGUGACAACCUGAGGGACACCAUGUCCCUCAUGAUCCGGCAGACCAUCCGCUCCAAGAGGCCUGCUCUCUUCUCCAGCCCGACCAAGGCUGAUGGCGGGAAAGAACAGCUGACGUACGAGUCUGGGGAAGACGAGGACGAGGAGGAGGAGGAGGAGGACUUCAAGCCAUCCGACGGCAGUGAGAACGAGAUGGAGACCGAGAUUCUGGACUACGUGUGACAUAGACCUACAGCCACGGCUGGGCCUCCUUGAUCAGACGAGACUGGUGACAGUGCCAGGACAAGCCGUGGCUCCCCAGUGCUGCCCACAGCAACCAGAACGGCCCUAGGAGACCCCUCAGAGGAAAGCUGGGACCCCGGCACUGGGUGCCAUUGACCCGGGUCCUGCCCAUCUGCCCCAGACACCUGCUGCUCCGGGAUGCCCUCUGGCCCGGGGUGCCUGGGGACACCUCCAGAGGUUGUCACCUGGCUCUGUGCAGCCGUGAGCCAGCCCGGUGUCCAGUGGGCUGAGCCGAUGGCCACCACCUCUCUAUGGCUGAGAACAGCUGGCGGUGGAGACGAUGUGGCCUGAAGAUGCUGCUCUUGCCUUGGAGGUUAUGGCUGAUGGCAGUCCUGGCGUGAGGAAGCUAUUCUGCGGUCACAGAUGGGCGAAGACGGCCCUCGCAUUUGGAUCCCAUCCUCCUGGGGCCCAGCUGGAAUCGUCCCGAUCAAAUACACUUCCCCAAGGA